AAAUCCAAGAGUUUGAAGUUAAAAAGCCUGGUGUUGGCUUUUUAUCAUCUUCAUCUCAUUUUCUUCUUUUUUUUUAUGUUUAUUCCUUACUCUAUGUUCUUAGAUUUGAUUGUAACUGAUGGCGAUUUUAGAAAGUUCUGUUCAUUUGAUUAAAAUGAUUUUCGUCUUCUUAUGCUUUACUCUCAUAAGCAACUAUGGGGUUGAAGCGUUUAACAACGACGUAUCAGAAACUGGAUUGGAUGGGGUUGGAGUUAACAGAACAGGCUAUCACUUUCAGUCUCCCAAGAACUGGAUCAAUGACCCAAAUGGACCAAUGUAUUAUAAUGGAAUUUACCAUCUUUUCUACCAAUACAAUCCUAAAGCUGCUGCAUGGGCAAGUGAUAUAGUCUGGGGACAUUCUGUAUCAAAAGAUAUGGUCAACUGGUUUUGCCUUGAUGUUGCAAUGGCCCCUAUGGAUUCAUUUGAUGUCAAUGGGUGCUGGUCAGGUUCUGCCACUAUCCUCCCUGGUAACAAGCCGGUGAUGCUUUAUACUGGCAUAGAUAUAAAUAAUGUACAAGUUCAGAACAUUGCUGUGCCAAAGAAUUCAUCGGAUCCCUUACUUGUAGAAUGGAAAAAGCUACACAAAAAUCCAUUGAUUUUGCCACCCAAUGGCAUUAACGCAACUUCGUUUCGGGAUCCAACAACUGCAUGGUUAGGUAAAGAUGGGUACUGGAGAAUUCUUGUCGGUAGCGAGAGAAGUAAUCUUGGGACGGCGUUGUUGUUUAGAAGUAAAGAUUUCAUGGAAUGGACAGCAUCUGAAAAUAACUUCCAUUCUGCACCAGAUACUGGUAUUUGGGAAUGUCCAGAUUUCUUUCCUGUGUCACUGAAAGGUAAAAAAGGAUUAGACACUUCUGAGAGUGGAGCCGAUGUUAAGUACAUUUUAAAGGUGAGUGUUCAAAGAACAUGGUCUGAUUUCUACACAGUUGGGGCCUACUGUCUGAACAAGGAUGCGUAUGUACCUGAUAACACUCCAGGUAAUCAUUAUUCGACAACUACAGGACUAAAAUUUGAUUAUGGGAAAUUCUAUGCAUCUAAAACAUUCUUCGAUGAGGCGAAAAACAGAAGGAUAUUGUGGGCGUGGGUUAACGAAUCCGAUUCUGCAGCAGAUGACUUUGCUAAAGGAUGGGCUGGUAUUCAGGCAAUUCCAAGGACACUGUGGCUGGAUAGAAAUGGAAAACAACUUCUACAGUGGCCAAUCGAAGAGCUCAAAACUUUAAGAACAAACGAAGUGAAGUUGAAAAAGACACCUCUCACCAAAGGAAGUGUAUUUGAAGUUCAAGGAAUAACAGCUGCACAGGCUGAUAUCGAAGUUAGAUUUCGUUUACCAAGUUUGGAAAAUGCAGAAUCAUUUGAUCCUUCGUGGAAUGACGCCCAACAGCUCUGCGGUAGGAAAGAUGCUACUGUUCAAGGUGGCAUUGGACCGUUUGGGUUGUUAACUCUAGCUUCUAAGGACUUAGAUGAAUACACGGCUGUAUUCUUUAGGGUCUUCAAGGCUCAAGACAAGCCUGUUGUGCUUAUGUGUUCUGGUGGUAUCAGGUCAUCACUGAAAGUAGAAUUAGAUAAACCCUCAUAUGGGGCUUUUGUGGAUGUCGACUUGAUUGACGGGGAAAUUUCUCUAAGAAGCUUGAUUGAUCAUACAGUGGUAGAAAGCUUUGGUGCGGGUGGGAAAACGUGUAUCACGACUAGAGUUUAUCCAACGUUGGCAGUAGGAAUGGAAGCUCAUUUAUACGCUUUCAACAACGGUACUGAGACUGUUGAGAUUAAGAGACUAAAUGCCUGGACAAUGCAGACACCUAACAUGAAUCUGGGCCAUGAGAUAAGUUUGGCGUUCCCAGCUUAAACAUAAGGUCAAUCAAUUAUCAUUGGCGGAGGAGUUACUGAAUUCUGGGAAAUCAGUCCAUGUUACUCUAUUCUUGCAAUAGAAAUGUAGAGUGAUGCUGAAUGUCUUCCAUCCUGCGAAUAUAGAUUCCAUUUUCUUGCUAUCUGCCCCCCUCCUGUUUCUGUUUUUCUUUUCUUUUUAUCAAUAAAUUCUUUUGCUUAAAAAAAAAAAAAGAUUCCAGUUCCGAUUUGUUUCAUCAGUACAGCGUUGCAUGAUGCUUGUGAUCCAGUCAGUGGUCCUGCCAUAUGUGGACUUGUUCCCCUUCUCAAUUUUCCCAAACACCAGCAAGUAUUAACAAUGUCAAGCCCCUUCAUAGGAUCAACCAACAGCAUGAAGGUGACUGGCCUGCUACAUGAGUUACAUAUGAAUUGAUUCUGCAGAAAAACUGGAAAAGCAUGUAUCAAGUCAAGGGUCCAUAUAAUUCUUGCACUAAUGGAAGGAUGAUAACGCCGUUGAUAGUGCUGCUAGUUUUGCAUAUUCACCAUUAUAUGGUUCUAGUAGUGGUAGCUGACUAGCUAUCCGCAUCAGCAUCUCUCACACUGAAAGUUACAGAGGGGAUGAAUGUGAAGUGGAGGCAAGAUUAAUGAAAG